GCUAAACAAACAAAAACUACUUCCUAAACUUAAGCCUUUUAAACCCAUGACACUAACUAACACACUUUCUUAAUACUUGCCACUAACCCACUAACUUAGCAAAACUAACAAACUUACUGACAUUAACUUAGACUUAGGAAACUAACUUCCUAAAAACAAUGAAUAAACGUUUGAGUCAUUUCCAACAAAUAAUAUUUUAUUUAGAGUAAUCAAACUCUACCAAAUCUACAUUGUAAAUUGUAAUGAUUCGUAUCAACGUGAAACACACCAUUGAAAAAUAAGAUAACGCAGCUUGUCCCUACCAAAUGCAAACUGCAGAAUAGUUUUUUCUUUUUUUUUCCUUGAUGAAUGAACAAUAAUUUUGCAUUGCAUAAAUUCCAUUAUCCUAUAUAUCUACUCAUUCCCCGGCCACUUGAUCCUCACCAAACCAGGUAUUCUUCUUCUUACUUGUAGUCUAGUUAUAAAACCCUUUUUACUGCCAUCAACACAUAUUCCACCAACAAUGGAAAAAAAUCAUGAAGAACCAAUUCUAGUUCCUGAAGAAGAGGUACAACAACUUAUUGAAACCCUUGAAAAGACAAGCACCAGCCUGAUCAGUACUAAUAAGUUAAUAAAGUAUGAAGGUUUCUGGUGUGCUGCAUCAGAUGAAAGUCUAAAGAACAUCCUCAAGUUCCAAAGACACUUCUGUGCUCGAGAUUCCGAUCUCAUUGUCGCUGGCCAUCCGAAAACCGGAACCAAUUGGUUUAAAGCCUCAGUCUUCGCUACUGUCAAUCGUAACAAGUACCCAAAACUUGAAAGUCCUUUGCUUAAAAACCUCCCACGCGAACUUGUGUAUCGUCUAGAGAGCCAAAUUUAUGGCCAAGCCUACCCUCGUCCGCAUCAUGUUGAUGAGCUUCCUUCUCCCAGGCUUUUUAGUACCCACAUAAAUUACUCAUCUCUUCCUGAGUCCAUUUCAACUACUGGAUGUCGAAUUUUGUACAUCUGUCGAAAUCCCUUGGACACGCUUGUGUCCUUGUAUUACUUUGUACUUACUAUUAUAAAGAAGAGAAAAGGUGAUGAAGAUUAUGAGCCUCCUAGUUUGGAGGAUUUCUUUGAGGAUUUUUAUGAUGGGAAAGCUAUGCAUGGGCCUUACUUAGACCAUGUUAUUGAGUAUUGGAAGCUGAGUUUGGAACGGCCUGAGAAGGUGUUUUUUAUCAAGUAUGAAGACCUUAAAAAGGAUCCAGAAAAUCAUGUAAGGAAGUUAGCUGAAUUUGUAGGUGUGCCAUUUACUAUGGAAGAGGAGAGAGAAGGUGUGAUAAAAGAGAUAAUAGAAUUAUGCAGCAUCAAAACUUUGAAACAAUUGGAAGUUAAUAAGAAUGGGACUGUUAACAAAUUCUUGGACUAUAAGCAUUUCUUUAGAAAAGGGGAAGUGGGAGAUGGGAUCCAUCAUUUUACACCUGACUUAGUGGAGAGGAUGAAUAAACUCACGCAACGAAAACUCCAGGGUACUGGUUUGUCACUUUAAAUUACUGUUAAUGGUGUGGUUUUCAUGGGUUUAUGAGUUUUCCUACUUAGUUACAUUAUUUCUUGUUAAUUUCUUCUUUUAUUGUUGCUGCAGCAAUAAUUUCAUUAUCGCUAUAAUGUUUUCUUAUAUUAACCAGUGAAUGGGUAUAGUACUAAAGCCCCUUCAUUUUUCACCGC